AUGGGUGCUACUACUGCUAAGUUUAUGAGCUUGGCUCUGCUUAUGUGUGCUUUGAUGAGUGGUAUUGGUCACGGGAGGAUUGUGGAUGACAAUGUUGAUGAUCAUUGUUCAUAUAGAAGUUGGAGGGGAUGUGGGAGUUUCUUUGGAAAAGGUGGUCAAGAUUACAAGAGUCAAGAAGGCAAUGUAGCAGUCUCUAAAGAAGGGGGCACAGGAGUUGGUGGACUCGGCGGUGGUUCCGGACAUGGUGAGGGUUAUGGUGAAGGUAGUGGUGAUGGUGCAGGAGGUGGUGGUGGAGGAGGAGGAGGUGAAGGAGGGGGUGGAGGCAUUGGUGAAAAUGGUGUAGGUUUUGGUCGUGGUAGUGGUUUUGGUGCUGGGGUGGGGGCAAUGGAGGACAUGGUGGUGGGGGAGGAGGAGGAGGAGGAGUGGGGAGUGGAGGUGGACAUAGCAAUGGAGGGAAAGGUCAUGGAAGCGGUUUUGGUGCAGGUGGAGGAAUGA